GUGUGUGUGUGUGUGUGUGUGAGGAGGAGGGGGACGGGAAAACAAUAACAACACCUUUUUUUAAUCCACAAGCAAAAAAAAAACAAAAACGAGUCCAGUAAUGUUUCAUGCUCGCUGGAGGACUUGAGGAUUUUUUUUUUUCUUCCUGUUUUAUUUUUAUAUUUAUUUUAUUUUUUAUAAAAACGUUACGCCAUCAGGCCACAACCAUCGAGUCAGAGCAGAAAAAAAAAAAAAAUCCUGUAAAAAAAAAAAAAUUUAAGUUGAGUCUUUUUUCUUGUUGAGACGACCGUUCAUGCAGUCUGGUGUUUUUUUAUUUUAUUUUUAUUAAUUUAUUUUUUUUUGUUUGUAUAAGAGAUUGUUCUUUUGCAGCUGCGUUGGGUUAAUGUUGUGAGUUUUUUUUUUCGUUUUUUUUUGUGAAGUUAAAUAUUAAAUUAAAUCAAACUUCACUUGUGGCCUGGACCGGAGCAGUUAGCCCAACCGUAGCUUAGCUUAGCCCAACUGCCGUUCGUUAGCUUCAAACUCAACCAACAAAUCCGGGCUUUUUGUGUCAUUGUUGUUGUUGUUUUCUCCCUCCUUCCCUUCCACCCCGACACGGACAACCCCAACCGGGCCGGUUUAACCAACUAACUCGGUUAAAUCCACAAAUAGAGCACUUAUUGUUGAGUGUUUUGUCAGCGGGGCUUUUUCCAUGAGGUGGCUAACUGUAGCAGCGCCGUUAGCUCGUGUUUGACUGAACACGUUGGACUCGUUCCUCCGCCCAUCUUCCGGGAUGUCUUUUAUUUAUUUUUGUUUACCUGUUGGCCCACGCCGCAAAACAAAACCAGUUUCCUGAAGGGUAUUUCUCCUCCAGGUUGAGCUGUCCUCCGCAGCGGGGAUUACUCUGUAUUUGACCCGGGAACAGUGCUGGAUGGUGUCUUAUCCCGAGUCAGUUAUGUGGCUCCGGACUUUGUGUUUGUGUUUUGUUUUGACCGCUUGCUGCUUCGUGAUGAGCUGUCAUCGGGCGAGCGGAGAGGUUUGUCCGAGCAAGGACAUCCGGAACAAUGUGACCAACCUGCAGACGCUUGAGAACUGCACUGUGAUCGAAGGCCACCUGAAGAUCUUACUCAUGUUCAGGACCAAGCCAGAGGAUUUCCGAGGCCUCAGUUUCCCCAAACUGAUAGUGGUCACCGACUACCUGUUGCUCUUCAGGGUUUAUGGCCUGGAGAGCCUCAGCGAUCUCUUCCCCAACCUAACAGUCAUCAGAGGCAACAACCUGUUCUUCAACUACGCUCUGGUGAUGUUUGAGAUGCUCCAGCUGCGAGAGAUCGGCCUCCAUAGCUUGAUGAACAUCACCCGAGGAGCCGUGAGGAUCGAGAAGAACCCAGAUCUCUGUUACCUCUCCACUCUGGACUGGUCCAAAAUCCUGGACACUGUGGAGGACAACUACAUCAUGGCUAACAAGAACGACAGAGAGUGCGGCGACGUGUGCCCCGGGGCGGCCAUCGGAAAGACCACCUGUCAGACGACCACCAUCAACGGACACUUCAGUGAGCGCUGCUGGACUCAGAAUCACUGUCAGAGAAUGUGCCCAGUUCAGUGUAAACAUCGAGCCUGCACCAAGGACGACCAGUGCUGCCACGACCAGUGUCUGGGCGGCUGCCUGAAGCCCAACUCAGCCGAUCACUGCGUGGCCUGCCGCGGCCUCCAGCACGAGAACAACUGCGUGGAGCGCUGCCCCGAAAACCACUUCACCUUCAAGGGCUGGCGCUGCGUCUCCUUCGCCUUCUGCCAGGAUCUCCACAACAGAUGCAAGCGGGAAAAAGAGCACAGCAAGAGCCCUGACUGCCACGAGUACGUCAUCCACAACGGAGCCUGCAUCCCUGAGUGUCCCUCCGGGUACACGACCGUCAACUCCUCCGCGCUCAACUGCACUCCUUGUGCUGGGCUUUGUCCCAAGGUAUGUAUGGGUCUGAAAACUGUGGACUCUGUCACGGCCGCUCAGGCUUUGCGAGGCUGCACUGUCCUCAACGGGAGCCUGGUCAUCAACCUGCGUGGAGGAAACAACAUUGCAGCUGAACUGGAGGCCAGCCUGGGCCAGCUGGAGGAGAUCACUGGCUACCUGACAGUGCGACGUUCCUACGCCCUCGUAUCCCUCUCGUUUUUCCGCAAACUCCGUGUUAUUCGUGGAGAGGAACAGGAAAUCGGGAAUUACUCGUUCUAUGCCCUGGACAACCAGAACCUGAGGCAGCUCUGGGAUUGGUCCAAACACAAGCUCGCCAUCCUGCAGGGACGCAUGUUUUUUCACUACAACUCCAAACUCUGCAUGUCUGAGAUCCGCAAGAUGGAGGAGGUAACGGGGACCAAAGAUCGGCAAGUCAAGAACGACAUCGCCUCCAAGACCAACGGAGACCAGGCCUCAUGUGAGAACCAUGUGUUGAAGUUCACCCAGAUACGAACCAUGAGCGAUAAAAUAAUGGUGAAGUGGGAACCCUUCUGGCCUCCGGACUUCAGAGACUUGCUGGGCUUCAUGGUGCUCUACAAAGAAGCACCUUUUCAGAACGUAACUGAGUUUGACGGGCAGGAUGCCUGCGGCUCCAACAGCUGGGUGAUAGCUGAUGUGGACCCUCCACGUCGAGCCACCGAGGGGGACAAAGAGCAGUUUGAACCAGGUCAUCUCAUCCUGCCUCUGAAGCCCUGGACUCAGUACGCCAUAAUGGUGAAAACCCAGCUCUCAGCCUCUGACGAACACCAGGUCCACGGAGCCAAGAGCGAGAUCAUCUACGUUCGCACCAACGCCACCAAACCCUCAGUCCCAUUGGACCCCAUGUCCUCGUCCAACUCUUCCUCCCAGAUCAUCCUCAAGUGGAAACCUCCCAAUGACCCCAACGGCAACAUCACUCACUAUCUGGUGUUCUGCCAGCGCCAGCCCGAAGCCAGCGAGCUCUACAAGUUUGACUACUGUCAGAAGGGGAUGAAGUUGCCGUCAAGGGUGCCCACUCAGAUGGACAGUGACGAGGAGCAGAAGUGGAACCAGACGGAGGAGCAGGGCCAGGCGACGCGAUGCUGCGCCUGCCCCAAAACCGACAAAGAGCUCAAGAAGGAGAAAGAGGACUCGGAGUACCGCAAAACAUUUGAGAAUUACCUCCACAAUGAAGUCUUUGAGAUCAAACGCUCAAGACAGCGACGUUCUGUGAUGGGCAUCGCCAACCGAACACACCCCUUCCUUACAACUGCCCCCAGCCCGCCCCACGGCACCGGCAUCCCCGAUGACGAAGACGAGGAGACCUUUGAGAGCACAAAGACUGUGGUCACCGUCCACGCCAAGGAGUCCACUGUCAUCUCUAACCUGCGCCACUUCACCAGCUACCAGAUUGAGAUCCACGCCUGCAACCACGCGACCGACCCGAGCCGCUGCAGCAUGGCAGCGUACGUCAGCGCACGCACAAUGCCCGAAGACAAAGCCGACGACAUUGUGGGUCCCAUCAGUUACGACGUGUCAGAAAAUACAGUGCGCAUCGCAUGGCGGGAACCGCUCGCCCCUAAUGGCAUGAUCAUCCUGUACGAGGUCAACUACAAGAGGCUGGGAGACACUGAGGAGCUGCACUACUGCGUGUCGAGGAAGAUGUACAAAGUGACCCGUGGCUGCAAGCUGAAAGUGAUGCAUCCUGGGAACUACACAGUGAGGAUCCGCGCCACCUCUCUGGCUGGUAACGGAUCCUGGACCGAGCCCACAUACUUCUACGUCCAGGACGCAAGUGAUCCACUCUACAUAGUAAAGAUCGUCAUCGGACCGGUCAUCUGCUUUGUGCUGCUGCUGUUUGUGGCCGGGGCAGGAUUCGUCGUGUUCAAGAAGAAAACAACCCCGGGCGUCCGCCGCCAACUCUGAAGGAGAUGAUCCAAAUGGCGGCUGAGAUCGCAGACGGCAUGGCUUACCUUAACGCCAAGAAGUUUGUCCACAGAGACCUGGCGGCCAGAAACUGCAUGGUAGCUCACGAUCUCACCGUCAAAAUAGGAGACUUUGGUAUGACCAGAGACAUCUACGAGACCGACUACUACAGGAAGGGAGGGAAGGGCCUGUUGCCCGUCAGGUGGAUGGCACCCGAGUCUCUGAAGGACGGAGUCUUCACUGCAAAUUCAGACUGCUGGUCGUUUGGGGUUGUGCUGUGGGAGAUCAGCACGCUGGCCGAGCAGCCGUACCAGGGCCUGUCCAACGAGCAGGUCCUCAAGUUUGUCAUGGACGGAGGCUACCUGGACCGGCCGGACAACUGCGCUGACAGAUUACACAACCUGAUGCAGAUGUGUUGGCAGUACAACCCCAAGAUGCGUCCCGCCUUCCAGGAGAUCAUUGAGAUGCUACGCGAGGACCUGCAUCCGACCUUCCAGGAGGUCUCCUUCUUCUACAGUGAGGAGAACAAGCCGCCGGAGAGCGAAGACUUUGACCUAGACAUGGAAAACAUGGAAAGCAUCCCGCUGGACCCGUCGUCCUACUCCCAAAGGGAACAGUGUUUGGACAGGGACGAGGCCUCCUCCAUGGGCCUGAGGGGCAGUUACGAGGAGCACCACAUCCCGUUCACACACAUGAACGGGGGAAAGACCAACGGACGAAUACUGGCCCUACCGCGGUCCAGCCCCUCCUAACAUACUGUACACAUCCCCCUCCCCCCC